GUUGUGAGCUAAAUAUAUCGCAAACAGGAUUUUACAUCAUUUGGCUAUACUUGGGCGAUGGAAAAUAGCUUAAUGAGGUGGCAACACCAUCGCUUUCAAAAGCGUCAAUUUUAAAGAUAGUUGGCGGUUAGUGGCGCGGUUUAAGUGCUUUUCCAUGUUUUCUUAUUAAGAACGUAUUUUUAGACGUUAAAUUGUGAAUAUUUCGGAAGAUGAAAGAAGAAAGGCUAUUAGAUUCUUCUCCUACGAUACACGUCGAAGUGCGACAGAGCAACAAAAGCACUCUUCCUCCUAGAAACGUCGAGUUCUUAGUCGAUCAGAUGAUAAAGAAGAUGGAAAAUCUUUAUGGAGAUUGUAUCUUAACCGACUUCGAACCGGAACUUGCGCAACACGUGGAGAGUGUGUCCAUUUGUGACGUCGACGAGAAUCUGUCGAACGGCAAAUUUGUGUCCUUAUUGGCCUCUCAGUUACAUUAUCACGUGUACCGUUUGGUCGACGACGAACCCAGCACGGAAGAAAUCGACGAUGAAGAUUUGUCGGCCGCCAGUCACUGGAUAUUACCCAGCAGGGAAUUUCACGGUCUGUGGGAGAGUCUGAUCUACGACGACGAGGUCAAGUCGCAGUUGCUGAACUUCGUUUCCACCACUCUGCUCUUCUCCGACAGGAACGUGGACUCUAACGUAGUCUCUUGGAACGGAGUGAUUCUCCUGCACGGUCCUCCCGGGACCGGAAAGACCUCCCUGUGUAAGGCGCUGGCGCAGAAGCUGUCCGUCAGACUGGGGAGCCGUUAUUCUUACGGCCAGCUGAUAGAAAUCAACAGUCACAGCCUGUUUUCCAAGUGGUUCUCCGAAAGCGGAAAACUGGUGAUGAAGAUGUUUUGCAAGAUACGGGAACUGAUUGACGAUCGGGAGGCGCUGGUCUUCGUCCUCAUAGACGAGGUGGAGAGUCUGGCCCACUCCAGGAACUCUUCCGCGGGAGGCGCCGAUCCUUCCGACGCCGUCAGGGCGGUCAACGCCCUGCUGACCCAGUUGGAUAACAUAAGGAGAUAUCCAAACGUGAUAAUUUUGACCACGUCGAACAUCACGGGAGCCAUCGACCUGGCGUUCGUGGACCGCGCCGACGUAAAACAGUACGUGGGUCCGCCCUCCGCUCCCGCCAUCUAUCACAUAUAUCGAUCCUGCAUCCUGGAGUUGCAGAACGUCGAGAUAAUCGUUCCCAAAUGCAUCGUUCUUCCUCUCAGACAACUUAACAUCACUUCCGAAAUUGGCGAAAAUUCAUUUAUCGGUUAUAGUCUCAGAGUGAAGGAACUGGCGAAGAAAAGCGAAGGUCUAAGUGGGAGGACAUUACGCAGAUUACCGUUUCUGGCACACGCUUUGUUCAUUCAAAAACCGACAACAAAUUUGGAUAAUUAUCUAGAUGCAUUAUCAAAAGCAAUAGAUAAAGAAUUUCAAGAUAGAAGUAAAUUACAAAACAAUUUUUAGUGCCUUGUACAGUAAUAAAAAAAAGAAGUGAUUUUUGUAUUAUAUAUUUUUAGAAAAAAAAGGUAAAAACUAAAUAUUUUUACAUAUAAGCAUUUUAAAAUAAGUUUUUUUUGUAAUUUAGAAUAUUUUUAAUAAAAUCCAUUAUUUAUUAAAUAACAUUAUAGAAUGUUUCCAUUGUCUGUAUUUUAAAUAGUCUUUCCUAGAAUAGAAAGGAGCCAAGGUAAACAGUUCCACAUAAUAUGAACAUAAUAUAAUGCACUGUAUAUAAAACAUAAGUUAGGAAAUUAAAAAUGUUUAAAAUGCUGUUGUAUAUUUGAAUUUUCUGACAUUUUUUCAAGACAUUUGAGAUUUUACAAGAAGAAAAAAGAAGCCGCACA